AAACAACAGCCUGAGAUACGAUGACCAUCAUUUUGCAAGAACAAGAGGCGACAAAAAUCACAGCGAUCGAGCCUGAGGACAAAUAGAAAUGUGGUCCGGGAUGAAGGAAAGAGAAGUGAUAGGGAUUUUGCCCGAGGAAUCAAAGCUUACUGCUAUGAAUUAACUCAGACGGUGGCGGAGAGUACCCAGACAGCAGUUCAUGCUGUGAAAUGGUCUAAACCUCCUCAUGGAGUUUUGACUUUUGAAACUGAAUUGCGAUGCUUCAUUCAGGCAGCGGCAAAUUUGGAUGUUGGCAAACUCAUUCUGGAAACAGAUGCCUUGAUGGUCCAGCAAGCAAUGAGGUCAGACAAUUUUGAUGCAUCAAUGCCUGAAGAGUUGGUAAUAGGGCAGCAGGAAGAGGAAACUAGCGAAGCCGUGCGCCAGCCGACCGCCACUGCCGCUCUCCUCCUCCACGCGCGCCGCUUCUCCCCGCCGCCGCCGCCGCCUCUGCCGCGGCCGGCGCAGGCGGAGCCCGAGCCGGCGGAGGUGACGCCGGCCGAGACGCGGCGCCUGGUGCGCCUCGUCGGCGUCGAGGCGCUGAAGCGGCGCCUGCGGGACGGCCGGGACGAGGUGGUCGGGUGCGGCCAGCUCCUCGACGCCUGCGUCGAGGCCGGCGCCGCGCGCACGCACGCCGAGGCCGAGGAGCUCGCCCGGGCCCUGGACCACGCCGGCGUCGUCCUGCUCUUCCGCGACAAGGCCUACCUCCACCCCGAGAAGGGAGCAACGAGAAGACUUGGACGGCACAGCGAGGAGGCAGGUUACCAUUGUUGACGCCCGGUACCUGUUAGACGAUUUGUGUCAACAGGGGAUUAUUAGAGCCCAGUGUUGGGGAAAUAGAGAGAGAACUACACAAAGGUUGUCAACUCCUUCUACAUGGAAUGUUUAAGAUCGCUUCACAGGUACUUUUCAGGGCGACUUUUUGGAUCAGACAAUGGUCCAUGUUGUCUAAAGAGGAAGAGGGAAGAAAUAUGAAGGAGGGCUGCAGGCGUCUAGAAGGCCUGGCGCUGCAAGUUUUUGGUUCUAAUUGGUGGAGGAACCAAAAAAGGAUAGAAAAGUAAAGUCCAGAAGCUGGCAGCAGACAUCUGGAAGGAGUGACUCUACACUUCUGAGGUUCCUGGUGAAGUAUCAGAAGGCUAUGGAGGUGGAAUCAGUUGAUUGAUUUUGUUUCAGUUAGCUGAUUGGAUGUGGCUUAAUGUCCCAGCUGGUCACUGUGCUUGUUUUGUUAGGCUUCCAUUUAGUUUGAUCACUGAGCUGAACUUUGGGUUGUGUCUCAUCUUUGUUGUAAGGUUCCAGGUGCUUAAACUGAACUCCCUGCUUAGCAGGCUCGGGGCUAUGCCCCACUCUUGUAAGUUUGGUCUUAAGCAAUCACUUGUGAUUGUGAAGGCCGGAAUGUUUUGAUUCCUUUAUCUAAAAAAAAUAGGGCAGCACAUGCUAUGGCUGCUCUGGGUUUUGGUUGCA